AUGAGCGGCAAAAUUUUGAAAUCACAUUUUUUUGCCGGUCAAAAAAGAGGAUUGUUACAAGGAAGAGAUACUGUGAGUUAGGGUCUUGGCGCGAAAAUUAGACGAAAUUCAAAAAGUUUUAGAACCCAUUCGGUAUUGUUUUGGAUAUAGAUGGUGUACUUGUUCGUGGUCGAAAUCUACUGCCACGUGUUAGAGAAGCUUUCAAACUAAUUUUGGAUGAAAAGGGGAAUUUCAAAAUUCCCACGGUGUUUUUGACGAAUGGAACUAAUAGCACACAAAAAGAGAAGGCUGAAAAACUCGGCGAACAACUCGGUUUUCGAAUUCCACCCGAAAAUAUGUUGAUGGCACAAAGUCCACUUCGAAUGUUUCAAAGUUUACACGAUAAACAGGUUUUGGCAGUGGGCCAGAAGAAUGCGAAGAAAAUUGCGAAUAGUGUGGGAUUUCGAAAAGUGACGAAAAUCGAGCAAUUGACUAAAUGGUUUUCGCAUUUGGAUUGCACCGAUUUUUCGAGAAAAAUUGAUGAUUCGAAAGAAAAUGCGAGAGCUAGAGCUAAUUUUAAGCCCAUUGAGGGUGAGUUUGAAAAGGAUUUUCAGCCUCUAACUCUUCUGAAACUGCGUUUCAGAAAAUGUUUCAUAGCUCAUCUGAUUCAUCUCGACGAGACGAGUCAGAUGAUAUAUUCAAAAUUUCCUGAAAAUGCCUCUAACAUGCUGAAAACGCGCUGAAAGCAAUGCAAAAAACUGAAAUCGGUGCGAGACCUCAACCCUUUGAAAGAAUGUGUGCGCCUUUAAUUUAUUCAAUUUUUUGAUUUUCAGCCUUUAACUCUUCUGAAACUAUGUUUCAGAAAAAUAUUCAUAGCUCAUCUGAUUCAUCUCAACGAGACGAAUCAGAUGCUAUAUUCAGUUUUCCCUGAAAAUGUCUAUAACGUGCUGAAAAAGCUGAAAAUUAUUUCCACGAGAAAAUAAUUCCAGUGUGCAAACACCGCGACGCACAAACGCACAAUUUUUAGUGUACCGUAGUAAAAAUUGUUUUUUUUUCUAUUUUCAGCGAUUCUUCUUCUUGGCGAGCCUCUAAAAUGGGAAUCCUCGCUCCAAUUAAUCUUCGAUUGCCUCUACACUCACGGAAAAAUGGAUUCACUUUGCACAAUUUCGAAAACCCAAGUCCCCAUAAUCGCCUGUAAUGUUGAUUUGGUUUGGAUGGCCGAUGUCGAAUCUCGAAUUCCACGCAUUGGACACGGUGUCUUUAUUCAUAGUUUGGAGACGAUUUAUGAGAAAAUGACGGGGAAACAUUUGCAAUAUACAGCGGUUUUGGGAAAACCGACAGAGAUUAGCUAUCUUCAGGCAGCGCAUAAAAUUCAGAGAAUUGCGAAAGGAAUGGGAAUGAAAGAUGUUAAAAAUAUGUAUGUUAUUGGGUAAGUUUUUAAUGGGCGGGGGGAUUUUGGGGGAGGAAAAUUGACUUGGAAAAUUUAAGGCUCUUUAAAACACAAAAAAGAAGAAAAUGCGCUCUAAUGCACAACACCGUGACGAAAAUUUGCAGACUUCCCAGAAAAACACCAACUCAGCAAAUCGUAGCGUACAUGAACGGUUUUAUCGGCGAAAAAUAGCUACACCGCAGCUACACACCAGCUACACACUCAGCACUUGACUCUGUAGACUGACUGUACAAAUUGAAGAAGUGUGAAUACAGCGAAUGAACGCUGUACCUACACUUUUUUCCCGAAAAUCGUAGGUUCAUUUUAUCUUCAGCGUAGCUACGAAAAAAAUCAAAUUCGUAGCUACGCAGAUGAUAAAUCGUUAUUACGCACACCUGAAAUUUUGACGAGAGCUGCCAAGCGUCACACAAUCAGAGAUGAAAACGUAGGUACAGCGUAUCUCCGCUGUAGCUACACAAUUCGCGGACAGAAAUGAAGUGACGUGACCGCUCUAUAUUAUUUUUGAAUCCGUAGCUACGCCGUUGCUGUUCUGUAGCUACUUUGUAGAUAAACGGAUGUUACUUAUGUGCAAUUCUCUCUUCCCCGUUUUCGUACAAAGUAUCAACGAAAUUUGUACAGUCAGUCUACAGAGUCAAGUGCUGAGCAAAUCAGAGAAGCAACGCGGUUGGCGUCGCGGCUACUUUUCUCAUUUUUGUUUUUGUUUUUCCAGGCCUAAAUUCUUGUGAAAAUCGGGCCAGCAAUGAACAUAAACAUAAUUUUCAACAUUUUUCUUCGUGUUUCAUGAAAAUUAUGUUGAAAUUUCUUUUGAACAUCUAUGAAUUCCCCUAUUUCUCUAGUCUGGAAAUUUUUCUUUCAUUCAGAAUUGUUUUAACUAUCUUUAAUUUCAGGUUUCCGGGAGCGUGAUCGUUGCAAAAUGGCUGCUAAAUGGUGAGGGAAUUUUCUUUUAAAAAAACGACAUAUUUCCUACAAAAACAGUUUUCAGAAAACUUCAACAAGUUCAACAACGACAACGACUACGCUCCACAAAAUCCAGGUCAACAUCAAUCAGUAUUCAUCCACGUUAAUCAAAAGGUGAGUCAAUAACCGAAAAAGAAACGGGUUAACACAAAUAUGUCUUGGGAAAUUUGAUCAAGUUUAACUAUUUUUGAAGAUAAAUAUAAAGUUCUUUCUACUCUGAAAAACAUGAAAAUUCAUCUCAAUUUUACAGAAUAUGCUCUCCGAUGCUCAGUCUCGCCAGCACUCAAUGGAAAUCUCGACACAAACAACAUGA